AUGGAGACAGGAAAUAGCAGUAAAGGAGGAAGAGGCAAGGAGGAGGAGGACGUGGAUGAGCUUCUCCGGAGGUUGGAUCUGCAUGAAGACGACGGAGACGACUUUGUCUGGGAGGAAGAUGUUGCACGCAAGGAUGUUCAAGCCAAGUGGCUGGCUAUUGCGAGAGUCCUCACAAAUAAGGGCUUUAGUCCGUCGGCCCUGUAUGCCGACAUGCGUUCAGCCUGGAAUCCUGCGAAGGAUGUGCGAUGGAGGCAGAUUGAGGACAAUCUCUUCACCGUGCAGUUUGGGUGUCUUGGUGAUUGGAACACAGCCAUGCUCAAUGGGCCGUGGUUGUUUCGCAAUCAAGCGUUAAUUCUGCUGGAGUAUGAUGGAUUCACCAACCCUAGGUCAAUUAAACUGGACAAGAUUGCUGUAUGGGCGAGGGUUCUGAAGCUGCCAGAUAAUUAUCUGGAGGAACCGGUGAUCAAAGGCAUGUGUAGGAAGAUGGGAAAGAUUACAGAAGUGCAAAUUCAACUUCCUGCAGGCUAUGUGGGCGCCUUUGUUAGGUUAAGAGUGGACCUUGAUAUCAAUAAGAAAUUGGAGAGAUUUGUGUCGAUUACAAGAGCUGGUAAGAAGGAUUGGUACCAAGUUAAGUAUGAAAAGAUGCCAACCUUCUGUAACCAUUGUGGUUUGUUAGGACACUGGUAUGAGGAGUGUGGAACGGGUGAACACGACCCCUUGAAGUUUGAAUGGGGGGACUUCAUACUAGCAGAUGAAUGGAAGAACCGUGGUGGCGGCCGUGGGGCUACGUCUGGCCGUGGUGCAACAGGGAGAGGUUCUGGCAGAGGGAGAGGGAUGUUUGGGCGUGGACAUGGUCGAGGAAAUGAUGGACUCUCCAAUGCUAUAAGUAGUGAUGGGAGUUGGCGGUGGAAUGCAACUCAUAAUAAGCUUGAUGAUUUAAACCUCUCAACAGAUGUUGGAGGUGGUAAUGCGGGAAUCAAUGAUAUCAAUAUGCAAGAUAAUAACCCAAAGCUAGGGAAAAAGAGGGUGGCUUUGAAUUCAAAUGCUACUGAAGGAAAGGAACAAGAUGCAGGUGCCAUGGUGCUGGUGGAUGGCAAAAAUAAGGUUGCAAGCAUGAUUGGCAUGUUUGAUGAUGGGAAGGGUGAUCAUCCUGGUGUUUCUCCUCAAAAAAAUGCGAACAAGAAGAAACUUAAAGGGGUUGAUGGAGGGGCGGUGGACAAUUCCAAUGUUGUGUUGAAUGGGUCGGCGGCAUCCCAGGGGGAUGGCCGCCAGGAGCAAUGA